UUUCUUUCUUUUUUCUUUUCUUUUCUGCUGUUGUUCUUUCUAGACACCUCAUAAAUCCAGCCAACGGCACCGGACAGACCCUAUGGUGACACUGUCUUGUAUCUUAGAGUCUAUCAUCAAUGACAUAAGAGAUCUUCCAGAUACAUACCCUUUCCAUACUCCAGUUAAUGCAAAGGUUGUAAAGGACUACUACAGAAUCAUCACUCAGCCAAUGGAUUUACAGACACUCCGUGAAAAUGUGCGCAAACGCCUCUAUCCAUCUCGGGAAGAAUUCAGAGAACACUUGGAACUGAUUGUGAAAAAUAGUGCAACCUAUAAUGGUAACAGCCCCUUGUUCCUUGACUGUAAAGGUCACCUUUCAGAUUCUUAUGCCCUUGCUGGUUCUAAAUUCAGAGUAGAUUAGAAUGCAUGAAAACAC